AUGGAGUCUUCUAAAUUAAUGUCAUGCGCCGUGCCAUUGCCAGACGCUUGGAGGAAUUGCCGAUUCCUUAUAUUUUUGUUCCCGUUUGGUUAUUUCGACGUUGAAUGUACAGACGUGCAGGAACCAUCUUCCUCGGGCAUCCGGCCAGCUCCCCAACAUCUCUUCUCCUUCCUUUCCUCUCCCCUUCUCAUCCUCCCUUUGACUUCUUCCUCACUUCUCUUUUUUUCUUCUUUUGCUUUCUGCAUUCUUAGGGUGAAUUCGACUUUCGCCACCUCGAUCCCUUUGGACCCGGAUCAUCCUUUCCAUCUUUAUUUCUCACUUGACGCACUUUCUCGACUCGAUUGCUUUGGGACACCCGCAGAUUGUCAUACAACCCGAACAAACGGUGAGAUUAUCAUCAAAGACCCCCGACACUGCACCGUGGUGCUUGGAUUUGGAAAGCAUCAGUCUCGUGUGCCCUCGAUCCUUCAAUCUAUCCUUAUCCCAUGA